AAAACUUUCAUGGCUUCCGGCCCUUAUCUUUGGGAACGGCUGCCAAAGCCGAAUAUGGCCAACACAACCUUCCAGAUUCUCUUGGAUGGCCCCGAAGACGUUUUUGGACCACAGCUAGAUUGUCCUGAGACGCCUGUUACCCCACAAGAUCCAGAUAUCAGCGAGGAACAACAAAGAAUACAGAAGAUCAAAGAGGCCAUUCAGCAUUCCCACGACUCGCGGGCGCUGAAGGCCAAGAUGAUGGCUUCACGAAUGCACUCCAAACAUUUUGCUGAGUUUGAUGAGGAUACCAGUUUGGACGACCUUGCCUUGCAGAGAAUCACCAAGUUAGUAAAUAUGGACGAGGACAGCGACUCAGACCGGUUGGAGUUGAACAAACUGUUUCCCAACGGAGUGCGCACGAUCAAGCUUUUGGAGGGUGAUCAGGACAACAUUGACCGUAUGUUGAGGCUUGAAAGCUCCAAACACGCAGUGUUGACACAAAAGAUGCGCACAAAAAGACAGGCCUCAGAAGAGUCAAGCUUGCUUGCAAGCGAAGUGUCCGGUGAUGUUAUCCAGUCGAAACGAGGAAAACGGGAAUUUGUAAGAUCCAGCUUCACGCGAACUGAGUCGGAACAGAAAGAGACAGAGGAUAGAAAAAGUGGGCGCGCAGAUUACAAAGAACGGGAGAGCCCAGACGAAGAUAUGAGCUAGGAAACCGAUUUUGCUGAGGCAGGUAAUGGCCCCAUCGACGUCGAGGACCAUGGAUCGUCCUCUGCAUCGAGCUCUCAAUACGAGCCUCUGUCUCAAUCUUUGGAUAAAAAGUGCAAUUCCAUCUAACGAGAUUGCCUACGCUAAUCGAUUGUCGUGGUGAAGCGCAUGGCGAAUGCCCCGGGGGUCGCCAGGAGUUUUGUAUUAUAGGGGUGUUUUAUAGUGUAAAG